AUGUCACCAAUUCAGCAAACAGUCAACGCAGUUAACGCGAAGCAAACAGUAGCUACCGAGGUUGCUACCAGCCAGCCUCUUGAGUCAAAAAAUAAAUCUACUAGCAAAGAGUUAAAGAAAGCUGCAAAUUCGGAAUCUAAAGAGCCUAAAGAACCUAAAGAACCUAAAGAGCCUAAAAAGUCUCAAGAGUCCAAAGAGUCCAAAGAGUCCAAAGAGUCCAAAGAAUCCAAAGAGUCCAAUGAGUCCAAAAAGUCUAACGAGUCCAAAGAGUCUGACAAGUCUAAAGAAAAUGUCAUUCCAAGAGACCACGUCACUGGAAGGAAAUUGGCAGAUCACCCCGAGUCUUGUCUAAGGUGUAUAGACAAGGGGCUUAAGUGCACUCUUAUCUUCCUAGGAUUUGAGAAUGAAGCUAAAUGCUCUGCUUGCAGAAGGUCUAACUCUCAAUAUUGUAUCCGACAGCGUCGGCCUCAGGAUUGUUGGAUGUUCUAUGGGCAUCCCUGGAACAGUCCAAACUAUUUCGCCGUUGGAGAAGGUCCCGACUCGAAAGAAAUGGAAGAAAUCCUUCAGGAGCACUUCCAUGGCAAGGUAAUAGACUCGCUAGGUAGAUAUAGGUACAUCUCUGGUCCGAAACGGGAUAAUAUUACUCUUCCUCCUUUCAAUGGGAGUGACCUACCGGCGCCUAUCCGACCGGAGGGGUUUGAAUCCACGACCUGGAAGGACGUGUUGCCAAUUUCGAUUAAUAAGAGCGCUAUCCAGAAAUUCGAAGAGGCAAAGGCAGAGGCAGGGUUAACCGAGGAAGAGAAAAAGAAAAAGGAAGAGGAAGAAAAGAAGAAGAAAGAGGAGAAAAAGAAAGCUGCGGAAGGGGCCCUAAAUAUUCCUAUAUUCAUGUUUAAACCUUCUGGAGCCGAUCCUAGUAAGGAUAGUUUGGAACGACGUGGUCGGUACUAUCAAACCAGAUGCGCGCACGUGUCGGAAUAUGUUGCUGGUAAGGUGGAGAUGUUGGUCGAUGAAGACGCUGAAAUCGAUAGACAGAUCAGGGCAUUUGAAAUCGAGAGAGAGAAGAAGGCAGAAGAACUUGCUAAAGAUACCAUGGAAGCACGGGCCAUGGAACCACGAAAAAAGAGGUAG